AUGUCUACAAUACUUUCACGUGGCAAAACAGACUCGGCCAGUUCGCGGCAUGUGGCCAGCAGCGGUGGCAUGCAGCAGCAGCGCAAAACACCAGCGCCGGCAGCACUCGAGGAUUUCAUCAUUCGACGCGACUAUACGGGCGCCAGGGCCUUUCUGGAGUACGCCAAUGAUGAGCAGGAGGAGGAGGAACGGAGCGAGGAGGCUGCCCAGCAGCGGGAACAGCAGCAGCGUCAAAUCGAUCAGUGGAUUGCUUAUUGCAAUUUUCAUUUGGGUGACUAUCAGCAGGCGCUAACUCAAUACCAGGCCAUCAAGGAUUCACAGCUGGCCGUCAAUGUGGCCGUCUGCAUGUUCUAUCUGGGUCUCUAUGAGGAGGCACAGCAGCUGAUGGAGGACACGCCGAAUACGCCACUCAAACAGCGUCUAUUGUUCCAUCUGGCCCACAAGCUGGGCGAUGAUCAGCAGUGGGCAGAUCUGCUGGAUACGCUGCUCAGCACGCCAAGUGUGGAGCAGCAAUUAAGCUUGGCCUCGAUGCACUAUAUGCGUGCCCAUUACCAGGAGGCAAUCGAUGUGUACAAGCGCGUCCUGGUCGACAACAAGGACUAUCUGGCCAUCAAUGUGUACUUGGCAUUAUGCUUCUACAAGCUGGACUACUAUGACAUGUCGCAGGAGGUGCUCGAUGUUUAUCUGGGCCAGCAUGGCGAUAGCACCAUUGCCAUCAAUCUGAAGGCCUGCAAUCGCUUUCGUCUGUUCAGUGGCCGCGUCGCCGAGCAGGAGAUCAAAAACAUCGCCGACAAUGGGACAUUUGGUGCAGACUUGAUACGCCAUAAUUUGGUCGUGUUUCGCAAUGGUGAAGGUGCUCUGAGGGUGCUGCCGGGCCUGAUCAAUAUUGUGCCCGAGGCACGUCUCAAUCUGGCCAUCUACUAUCUGAAGCAGGGCGAUGUUCAGGAGGCGCACGCCCUAAUGAAGCAACUGCAGCCCACAUCGCCACAUGAGUACAUACUGAAGGGUGUGGUGCAUGCGGCACUUGGACAGCAACUGGGAUCGAAGGAGCACAUCAAGACGGCGCAACAGAAUCUUCAUUUAGUGGGUAGCUCGGCUACCGAAUGCGAUACAAUACCGGGCAGACAGAGUAUGGCAUCGGCCUUCUUUCUGUACGAGCAGUUUGAGGAGGUGCUCGUGUAUAUGAACUCGAUACGCAGCUAUUUUGUGAACGAUGAUGUGUUCAAUUAUAAUUUUGCUCAGGCCAAGUGUGCUACGGGCUAUUACAAGGAGGCCGAGGAGCUGCUGAUCCAGAUCAGCGAUAUGGAUAUUAAGAAUCAGCACACCUACUGCAUGAUCCUGGCCAAGUGUCACAUACACUGCGGUCAUCCAGAGUUGGCAUGGAAUGUGUUCAUCACCAGGGACACGAACGCGGAGGCAUUUCUCCUGCUCCAGCUAAUUGCGAACGAGUGCUACAAGUGUGAGGAAUUUUGGGUGGCAGCCAAGGCAUUCGAUAUGCUCGAAAAACUCGAUCCCAGUCCGGAGAAUUGGGAGGGCAAACGUGGCGCUUGUGCGGGCGUUCUGUAUGCCAUGGUGACCAAGGCACAUCGUGGUCGUCCAGGAAGUGGCAUCUCUGAUGUGAUUGGACUACUGCGUGAAUCCUCAAAUUCUCAAGCAGAUGCCAUGAUCAAGACAAUUCGCAAACACAUCAGUAGUUUUAAGUAAUAUAAAAAAAGUUAAACAAGCAUUUUUAUGUAAUAUGAUAUAACCUGAAAUAUUCAUAAUCCAACUUCUUGCUGAAGGGAUUGAUUCAGCCCUUGAGCAUGAAAAUUGAAGAUCAGAAAUCUAAAUAUCAUAUAACGACAAAAAUAUUCGCAAGUAAUUGUCUUUGUUAUUGAAUGGAUAAAAUAAAAUAAAUAAA